UUAUUUUAAAAAAAUGAACUUCAAUAAUUUAGUAACUUUUCCCGCGUGUCAUAAAAAUUAACAAAAGAAUAUUUGCGUGACAUGUGUCACUAAAUUAAGUGCGGAUACAUUUUUAAAAUCAUUUUAAUAAAAUUAUAAAUUAAUCAUUUGAUAAAUAAUGUCAGAAGACAUUGAUAGUUGUUACACAAGUGAUUCGGAAAUAGGGUUUCGACAAUUGGAUGCUUCAUCUUUAUCUCCAGUAUCAAAUAACGAUAAUAAUUCUCAAGACAAUGUAUCAACAUUGAUACCCGUGAUACGAAUUAUGUUGGUAAUUUUUUUACGCAUUGGAUUUACACUCGUCCAAAUCGGCAGUGUACCAGUGACCAACGUAAAUCUGAUUUUGCUUCAAAAUAUUGUUGACUUUUGCUGGGUAAGUCUGAUCUACAUCAUCCUAGGAUCAGUGAUAGCUUAUACCGGCGAUGUAACUGGAAUUGUUGGCGGCGGUCACUGGAUAGGUGACAAAGUAGUUAACAAAGAAGAAGCAGUUAUUGGUUGGCAAGCGAUAAUGAUUGCUUCCUCAAUAUCAACAACCUGUAUAAUCGGACGUACCCAUACAAUAGCAUCUAUUGUCAUUGGAAUUAUUUUAUCGGGUAUUGUGCAACCCUUUAUAAUUCACUGGACCUGGACAACCAAAGGCUGGAUGUCCUGGAACCUAUUGCGUGGUCAACGCGUACCAUUUCGUGAUUAUGGAGGCUCGACUGUUGUUCAUAUCGUUGGAGGCCUUACUGGACUGAUUGGUUGCUUGAUAUUAGGUAGAAGAAUUAUCAAACUUCGUGAUAUCGAUAGAGCUAGUAUCGCCAUUGGAUCUAUUGGUACAACAUUCAUCGGUCACCUAUUUGUCGUUCUAGGUCUUCAGAGUCUACUGCUUUAUAAUACCAUAGAAGACGGUAGUAAAGUAAUAAACAAAUGGUUGUCGCAUAUAAUUAUCAAUAAUUUAUUAACAGUAUCCAUGUGUACACUUGUAACAGUCGCUUUUCAUUUCCUGAUGCGCGAUCCAUUUAAUCACUGGACAGUAAUGAGAUGCAUCCAGGCAGUUACCGCGGGUGUUGUUGUUAUCUCAGCUGGUGUUGAUAUUUACACACCAACGGUAGCUCUUGCUAUUGGUUUUGUUGGAGGAAUCCUGUUUUAUCUCGUUACAAAAGCUAUCUUUAAAAGUGCAUUAGAAGACUACUGUAAUAUUAUUGCCAUUCAUGUUAUCUGUGCACUUAUGGGCAGCUGCGUUGCUUUAUUUUUCUAUAGUGGUUCUCACGAAUCUUCUGGAUAUUCAGUCGUCUUACUUGAUGCACUUUGGCAUCUUAUAUGCACUGUUUGUAUUAUUUUCUUUGUUAGCAUAACAGUGACCCCGAUGUUUUUGAUACUUGAUUGCCUUGGGCUGCUGAGGAAUAGAUCUGAAUAUUUAAAUCACUUGAGGUCAACUGCUGCUCAGCAACGAAGGCCUUCUAGAUCUUUUGGUGAACGAUUAUUUAAUAUUGAUCCUGAAACGGUUUUCAUACAACCAGGGCAAUUGAAUAAUCAAGAACUUAAAAAUGUUUCGGUACCUAGAACUUCAAGAACUGAAACUGUUGCACGAGUUGAAAUACCCGAACAAAAUAUUCUUACUCAAAAUGUUUUUAAUAGUAAUUUUAAAAAUGUUAAAGAAUUUACUGUAGAACAAAAAUUAAGAAAAGCUCGACAAGUUCACACAAUUUGUUCGUCAACUGAUAAAGUAGAUAAUGAAAAUUAUGAAAAUCUUGCUGUCGGAGAUCAUAAAACUUACGAGACAAUUAUCGAAUCUAAAAGUUUAACUUUGCCAAAAAUAACAUACGAAUUGAUAAAUGUCAAUGAUUAUUAUAAUCCACCAAAUCCAUUUAUAGAUAUUGAUAAAAUUCCAUCGUAUAAACUUUACAGAACUUUAAAUUCGUUAAAUUUAAAUUGUGAAAAAGUUAUUGAAGACGAUAAAAAAGUUAACGUGAUCGUUGAACCGAGAUUUUAUUCCUGUGCGCACAGUGAAUCUGAAGACGAUGCGAAUGAUUCGAAUUUAUUUAACAAAAAAUCGACAUUUGAUGAAAAUAUAAAAACAAAACUAACUGAAAUUAAUGCUGAUUAAUGAUAAUGGUUUAAAUAAUAAAUAUAUAUAUUCAUUUUGUU